AUGACUAAGGGGAAGGAAAGGAAGAAUAGUAACGCUGAAGGUAUGUAUCGUGUGAUUGAUGAAAGUGAGAGUAAUACCAACAAGAUGGAAUAUACUGACAAUAAUCUAGCGUUCUUUCCAACCGUUUUACCUGAUUUAUUCACUGUUUAUGAACAGGCAGAUAAGGACCAUAGAAUACUAAAGACCAAUGUCAUUCCUAGUGAUUUCCAUGAAAAGGAUUCCGAAUUGAUCCUUUCUUCGUAUAUAGCGUAUCUUAAGAAGAAAUCUGGUAGUGGUAAAACCACCAGUAUAUGGGAUAAAUAUGAAAAUAAUGAAUAUGAGAAAUCUCCUUAUAAAUUAUAUCAUGAUAUUAAAAUAGCAUCUUCAAUUGAGAUUUCAAAGUAUGCUGUGGGUUCUAAAGAGUAUAAUGAUGUUGAUUUCUUUUAUAAGUUUUCUACUGAGUUAUUAUUACGUGAAUUAAGUAGAUUUCAUUUCAUAUUACAUGAUCAUCCUCAUCAUGAAACUGAGUCUGAAUUAGAAACUCAAUUAAAUGAAGAUUUCGAUAAGAUAUCAACUACUUAUAACUUAACCAAUGGUGAAGUCAUCGCUUAUAUAUCCACUACCGAAGAACCAGAACCUCAACAAUCAUCCUCAUUUGGUCCUUAUUAUAAUCAACAUCAUCAAAAUCAACCUCCAGCCAAACAAACUAUUCAACCAUUAUUUUCAUCUUUAAUUGGAAGAUCAGAAUUAGAUACUAAUUUAUUAGUGGUUCCAGAUCAAUAUUCUGUAUCAAAAAUCAUUCCCGCUAAUAAAGAUUCUACCAGAAAUAUAUCAACUUUUGAUAGUUUAUCCCCUGUCAAUAAUAAAAUCCCAACUCCAUUAGAACAAACAUCUCAUGAAAUCCUUAGUGAUUUCUUUCAUCCAAUGUGGUAUACUUUACCCGUUCCUACAUGGAUUAAUUAUUCUACUCAUAUUGCUAAACCACCUAAUCUGUUAUUUAAACAACAAGUAUCGAAUACUAAAGAACCAUCGGCAUCAAAUCAAUCUAGUAAUGCUAAUGAAAAACCAACUUUAACUUUACUUCAAAAUAGGGGAGUUGAUUCUGAACCAUUGACUACUACUGUGACUUAUGUUCCAAGUUCAGGUGAUAGUUUUAAAAGUUUUGGACCUCAGAUUGAUCUGAAAGAUUCGAUUAUAUCGGAAGAGUUUAAAGGUAGAAUUUGGUUGAAUCAUAUUGGAUUUGAUGAGAUUAAAAAGAUUAAAUUGAAUUAUUUGAAAUCAAAAUUGAUUCCUGAAGAAGCUGAGAAAUUGGAAAAGAAAGAAGAAGUGAAGGAAGUGGAGAAAGGUGAAAAGGAUAACGCUGAUGAAGAAAAUAAAGAUGAAAAACCACUUAAUGGUGUUGAAGAUAAAGAGGGAGAAGAACCAACCACUGAACCAAUCGAUAUAGAUAAAUUAGGUGGUAAAGAAAUCAAUAUUGCUAAUCUUGUACAAUGGGAUCCCGAAAGACAAGCUGAAUUCGAAUCAAUCAAACAAUCGAAAUCCGACUUGGUUAAAUCUCCCAAAGCCCUUCAAAAAUUAAUUUCCGCUAAUUUAUUAAAAUUAAAUAAAUUAAGACAAGAAAGAUAUUUUUCAAGUGAUCCUAGAAAUAUCUUACCUCCCACCAAUGAAGAAAUUAGACUUUAUAAUAAAAUUACCAAAUUAAUCAGUUUAGGAAUCCAAGUUUAUAAAAUCAAUCCUCAAGACUUAACUUCAAAAUUACAAUUCAGUGAUAAACUUCCCGUAUUGGUAUCUGAAUAUAAUGGGGUUUUACCAGGUGUACCACCUACAAGACUUGGUGGUAUAAAUAGUUCUAUUAGAGAUCCAUCUACUUCUUCUUCCAGAUUACCUAAUUUGAAACAUAAUACUUACAAAAGAAAGAGGUAUUAG